AGCGUGUGCUUGUUUUCACUAUUUUAGGAUGGCAGACAAUGUUAUGGGAGCCAACCUGGGACGCAGCCAAUCCGACGCAGAUGACAGUUGCACAACUGAUGGAUGGGUACGAAAGCCGAACUUUCAUGGCGUAUACUCAAGAUCAUCGAUGCGCUCGGCUCCCCAUGCAUGAGUUCCUUCUUGGCUUCGGGUACCUACUGCCAACAAGAAGCACAGAUCGUCAUAGUCCCGAGAGCUUCGCGACAGUCCAUGCCAAGCAAUUCAAUAUGUCUCUUCUUGCCACCAUUGGCGGGAUAAAGAUUAGGUGGAUUGACACACUGGGCGCGCAUCUAGAGUUUGAUAACCGCACCAAAACCUUGUUCCUCUUUCGGUUCCCUUCUUUCUGCGCUGCAAAUCUCGAGAAAGACUUAUCGGGCGAGAAAUGGGUACGAGGAGUCAUACAUGGUUGUACCGCCCCAGCUGACGAUCCUACCAACUGGGCUACCACUGAAGAUGUGACAAGUUUUCUAUACGAGGUCCUGCUGUCAUAUCGCCUGCUUUUCGGACUUUCAGCAAAGGGACGACAAUUCUACCGAUCACUACGCCCAUUCAGUGACCUUCCGCCUGACCAACAUGAUCCCCUACUCGGGGAACUAUGCGGCUCUCGCACCCUGACAACAGUAUCCAUUGACCACCAUGAAGAUAUUUUUAGUCUUGUUUCUGACUUUCCAAUCCUCCACGACCGAUUGAAAGCCCUUCAAGCACACCUGGCAUGCCAGAAGGCGCGGGGCCUGAUACAGUUAUGGCGGGACAAACGAAGUACAGAAGCAUGGUAUACGUUCUGGGCUGUUGUACUCAUUGGAGGGGUCGGGUUGUUUCUCUCAUUUGUUCAGACUGUUCUUCAAAUCAUGCAAGUAUUGUAUAGUAUUCCUUAGGGCUACAAGGGCCUGUUAGUCCG